AUGAGAUGUAACCCGUUCGAACUCAAAACUCUCAACUUUACCCCCAAACCUGAACCAAGUUUGUUGAUGAUGACAAUUGAUGACCAGAAACAGAAGAUUAAGGAGCCGGAUAAUCACACAAAUGUGCCGCCACGGAAAGAGGACGAUGAUGAAUUGACUUCAAUUUGUGAAAAAUACGAAAUCACUCCCAUACUUUAUGUUUCCCUGUUCAACGAGAACCCCAACGACCGGUUUUUCAUUCUAAAGCUGGAAAAAGACAUAGUGGACUUCAUAAACACCCCUGCUGUGGAGUCCUGGAAACUAAACCCACUUAACAGUUAUUAUCGUUUAUUAACUCAUCAAAUAGCUGGGUACUAUAAUUUGGGCCAUAUAUUAUCCAAAGACGGGUCUUCCAUGGUGAUUUUCAAAAAAAAUACUUCCAAAGUUAAUACCGAAGAGAAUUCCAAGAAUAAGCAAAAGGCCAUUUCGCCAGAAGAAAGGCUAUCUAAAACAAGACUCAGUAAUAUCCCCAAUGAGCUGCCUAAUAGUCAGAUAUUUUCGAAAUACAAAUCGAAAACUUUCCAAAAUUUGAUAGGCAAAAAGGACAAUGAUGAUGAAUCAUCCUCCGGCUCGGCUAAUGAACUGAAAAACUACAAGAAAUAUGAUAAGAGAAAGAAAUUUUAUCGAAAAAGUUCGGUACCUCCAUUUGCAACGUAUCAGCCUCCUUUCUUUAUGGGCCCGAUACCACCUGCCCCGGGCCCUCAAACGCUGGCCAAUGGACAAUUUUUCAAUCCGUACAUGUCGCAAUACGUGAUACCUCCAAUCCCACAGUACCCUUACAACCCCCCUCCACAAUAUGCAGAAAGUCCUAAUCCAGAUUAUCAAACACAGUCACAUCUCAAAGCAGACCAAACCGGUAAAAUCCCCCAAUAUCAGUAUCACUAUCAAUACCAAUACCAGUAUCACCCGCACACUUACCAACCACAGAAGGAAAGCAAAACAAGAAUUGAAGAAGAAAAGAGUGAAUCUCCAUGA